AUGUCAAAAAAACGGUUUACAAAGUCAGAGAUGGAUGAGAAAUUUGAACAAUUUCUAAAAGAGUCUGUAUCAGAUGCUGAUGACGUUGACUCUGAUGCUAUCAAUCAGAUACUUGGUGGAAGUAAAACGUCAGCCCGGGGUAAAGCCCAAGAUUUACCAUGGUGGAUGAUGUCAGAUGACGAUGAAUCUCCUAGGAAACCAGAUUUAUUGGGAAAGUCAGCCCUGCACAUUCUGUCAAUCAUACAUCCGGGUUUACGAGACGAGGUUGGAAUGAGUAAAGACAGCCUAGAAGACCCCCACAUCGCAGGUUUGCCGAAUGCAUCCGGUGUAAAGAGUAAUGACAGAGUUCCUCUUGGACUUUCCAGUGAGUUGGAUGACACAAUGACAUCAACAGAUAUGGGACCCAGUCCUGGACCAAGUCCUGGACCUGGGGUAGACACUUUAGAAGAAAUUGCUGACAAGGAAAGGUUUUUCAAAGACUUAGAACAGAAAGAAGGCACUCGAAAUAUUGACUUUGCAAGACUUAACCGAGAAACAGAGUUGUCCGGAACUUUGCAAGACAGUAGGGUGUUGGCUGGGAUUGAAGAGAAAGAUGAAGAUGUUGAAACACAGAGUGAAAGUCAACCAACUGUAGAAGAAAAAAAGACUGGGGAACAAUUAUCAAAAGGAGGAGCAGGGGGAGGGAGUAAAUCAGGUUCCGGAGGAAUGCUUGCUAAAGUAUCUUUGCUGGAUUCAUUGGAUUCAAGUCUUGGAACAGUGAAGAUACCCGGCACAAGUAAUGAGAGUCGAGGACUGUUGAAUGCUGGUACAGCUACUGAGAUGGAAGCAUUGCAACGUGCACUGCAUGAAGUGGCAUCAUCACAAACGUUAAAUCUAGAAGAAACGUCAUCAGACAUUAGGGAGGCUCAGGAAUCUGCUUACAGCAGGCUGCAAGAUGAGAAGAGAGAUGCAAACAAUGAGAGCAUGGACUACAGAGAUUACGAAUCAACCAGAGACACUACAGACUUUGCUAAAACUAGCCAGGACACAGAUAAGGACAGUGAAUUUGGUCAACACGGAAUGACUAGAACCACUGUUAGUACACACAAAAACAGAAGUGGUGUCAUAGUAGAGAGUAGAGGUUUUGAUCUGAUGCCGUCUAACCAGUUUGAUGUCACCUCUGCUAAUGAGUCUAGAGGGUUUGACUUGAUGCCUGCACCUGAAGCAGAACAAAAUCGCGGUUUUGAUUUGUCACCUGCCGUUGAUGAUAGCCGUGGAUUUGACCUGACUCCUGUUCCUGCUGUCCGAGUUAAUCGAAGUUCAGCUUAUGGGGAAAGUGUUGAUUCACAUUCUGUCGACCCAAGGAUUGUAUCUCUCACUGAAGAUAAAGUAAAGAAACCAAACAAUCGAACAAUAAAACUACCUCCAAGUGCUGGUAGAUCAAAAGCUACUAAAAUACCAACUAAACAAGUUAGGAAAGAUGCUGCCAAGAAAGAAUCAAAAAAGAAAGAAGUGAAAAGAGAUGUUCAGAAAGACAAAUACAAACAUGUGAAAAGUUCAGAUUACGGUACCAAGAAAGGUUGGUCACCGGCUGAUACAACACAACGCAAGAUCAAAGGCACUGAGACUAUCUCACUAGAACCCAAACCUAAGGAUACACAGCUGGUAGCAUCAGUAGAAUCGUUUGCACAGUAUAUUAAACAUCAUUUUGCUGCCGAUAAAAGUAGUGAUAAAUUGAAACAUAUCCCAAGUGAAGAAGAGACAAUAAUCAAGAAGCCGUUGGACUCACAAAUACAACAGUUAUCUCGUGAGAGGGCGCUGUUGUCAGAGGUACAAGACUGGCAAGGCCAGUGGAAAGAAGAGCGCAGACAGAAUCAGAAAUUGAGAGCUGAGAUUUUGUCUCUUCAGCGGCAACAUGAGAGGGACUUGGAAGAGAUGCGAUUACAGCAUGAAAAUGAUGUAUUCAGAAUAAAACAAGAAAACAUGAUUCUUGUUGCAAAGGUUUGUCAUAUAGGCCAGUGUGGAUCUUGUUGGGCUUUUAGCACUACUGGUUCCCUUGAAGGCCAGACUUUCAAGAAAACAGGCAAGCUGCCGGAUCUCAGUGAGCAACAACUGGUAGAUUGUUCGACACAAUUCGGUAACCAUGGCUGUAAUGGUGGUCUUAUGGAUCUCGCAUUUGAGUACAUCAAAGCUGCUCCAGGCAUCGAAGGUGAAAUGGACUACCCGUAUUUGGCAAAGGACGGUCGUUGUAUGUUCGAUCAGAGCAAAGUGGUUGCCACGGAUACUGGAUAUGUUGAUAUUCCAUCUAUGGACGAGAACGCCCUGAAAGAAGCCGUAGCAACCAUCGGCCCAAUCUCAGUGGCUAUCGACGCUGGUCAUCCAUCAUUCCAAAUGUACAAAUCAGGUGUGUACAACGAGCCGGGAUGUAGCUCAGAACGUCUAGAUCACGGUGUAUUAGCAGUUGGCUACGGUACAGAAGACGGACAAGAUUAUUGGCUAGUUAAAAACAGUUGGGGCGAUUCCUGGGGCCAAGCUGGUUACAUCAUGAUGUCACGUAAUAUGAACAACCAAUGCGGCAUUGCUACACAGGCGAGCUAUCCACUGGUUUAGAAACGGUCUUAACGGAUGCUACCUCACAGGUAGUCUGCGUUGUCAAAUAAAAGCCGUCCCGGUGACCCGUAUUACCGCGAUGACAUCUUUCACUUUGCUUUUAUAAAUACUGAAUUUUGUGUUUUUAUUACUUGAAAUGUUUUUUGUUUUUUUCGAGAACAAUUUAUUGUGCGGAAAUUGACAGGAAGGACGUUGUUAAGUUUAUGUUUAAUUAAAUAAACAUUGUGAAUUUCUACAUGUGUAAACAUGUGCCUAAUUUUCGGUCACAGAGUGUUAGAUGAUAGUUGCAGAUAGCAUAUACCUUAUACAUAUCUAUGUAAUGCUGACAUACCCUGGACAUCAUCACACUUGCUUAUUCAUUUGAUGCCACAACGGCAAACUUUUGAUUCAAUAUUUCAUGAAAUAAUAAUAAUAAGCUUAAUCUGCAUGUAAUAUUUACAUAUAAUACGCAUGAAUUAUAAUUCACGAAUAUCAUGCCAGCCUGAGAACCCAGCGUAAAUAACUUGAUGAAUCUCAGGCUCCUUGCGCAUAUUGUGAUUAUCCCACUCCGUUACGGUGAAUUAAGUGACUGACUAGGCUGAACGAUACAUCCUAUAUAGAAAAUAUGGAUUCAUAUGAAAACGAUGUGUUUUCAUUUUUAUAAUUCUCAUUUGUUUACUGUAACAUUGCAAUAUACUGAAUAAAACAUAACUGAGGAAUGUGA